CCCAAAUCCCUUCACUCACUGUCUCUUUGCCUUUCUUAUCCCCGAGUUCUUCCGCAAGCCUACCACCCUCAUAAUCAAUCUGUUAGGAACGGGGAAAAGAAGGAAUCCCGAGCAGCCUCAACUCCUCCGACCAGAACAUGCUUCUGUCGCAUUGGCAAAUCUCCUCCUCCCUCUGAGCUCCCUCCUCUCCUCUCCUCUCCUCUCCUCUCCUCUCCUCUCUCCUGAUGUCCGCCCGUGUUUCACUGCCUCGAACACUCGAUCCGCCGCCUGCCAAACGAGCUCGACUGCAGGAAUCUUCUACCUCGUCACGCCGUCGCAAGAGCUCCCCCGAUCUACUCGACGUCACCAAUCCCCAUUCUCAUUCUCAUCCUCGACGAUCGCAUAUUUCCUCGCCAUCGCCCGCAGCCUCGCCGGCUCCUUCCCCGCACGCCAAAGUUGCCUCUGGAGCGCAAUCCCGGCGGGCGUUGACGCGCCGUCCGCUGGUCUCCUCCAACACGACCACGUCUCCCCUGUCUCCCAAUACUCCGCGACACUCCGAUCGUCGUCGCAUUCUACGCCAUGAGACGCCCGUCAAUACUCUACCCCCAUUCUAUCUCCACCAGGAGCGUGAAUCGCCCGACCCCCUAGACACCAUUUCUCCCUCCGUCUCCCGUCGAAUUUCCCCCGCCGGUCGCUCCUCCGCUCCUUCCUCCUCCGCCGCUGCCGCUUCAUCAGUCCGUCGCCCGCGCCGUCAAGCUCCGCCCUCAGCACCAGAUGCAACAACCGUCCACGAAGAUUCACCAGCUGCAGUCACACAAAAAUCAAAUCGGUCCACCCGCAGCGCGGUUGCUGCUCAGCCGGCCGCCGAAUCCCCUCCCAAUGCGCGGGAGUCACGGCGUUCCCUCCGCUCCAACGACACAGGCUCUCGCGCCCGCAGCGAGCUAGCGGCCUAUUUCCCCAACUAUGAAGAGCUUCUCAGCCUGGAGCCGCCAAAAACCGAAUUCCUAGCUGGUAGCACCACCAUCAAACUCAUCGAUGACCUUCCAGUCCCGAUCGCUGCUCAAAUCAAGUCCAAUUCAGAGUUGGAUCUGGACCGUCCUUUCGAGAAUCCGCUCAUCAACCUUCACAAUUGCGAAGUUAUCUCUCUCCCCGAACCUCCUUCGUCUCCGUCUCUCCCCUCAGACCCUUCUGCCGACCCUAUCCCGGAAGAUCCCCUCGACGAGAGCAUCUUCUUCCGCGCGCAUCGUCGUAACGAGCGCCAGGAAAAGCAGCUCCGGAAUAUCGAGCGCGAUCGAGCUCAACAUGAGAAGCAAAACCUUGACCGUCUCCUCGACGAGCUUCAAGGCCAUGACUGGCUCCGAAUCAUGGGCAUCAGUAGCCACACCGAGCAGGAUAAGAAACUUUACGAGCCCAAACGCGACUACUUCAUCCGGGAGAUUUCCGCUGUUCUCCAAAAAUUCAAGAUCUGGAAGGAAGAGGAAAAGCGCCGUAAGGUAGAUAAAGAUAAGCCCGCCGACCAAAUCACCGUCGAUGCGAAAGAAGCAACCGCGACAACGACCACUGCCACAGCAGCAGACGACCGAACGACAGCAGACGCAGAGGGAGUGGGCGCCGCCGGUCACACCACUGCAGCACCAGAUGGAGGAGGGGGUGACGCCCAACGCUACUCCGGCGACCCACCAGACCCCAACGACGUCGAUGCCUGGGCUGCUCGCCAACUUCUGCAAGAGGCUCGGUCUGCGACCACUGCAACGGGAUCAACAGGCAAGAAACCCAGAACCACUCUCACCGCGCCCAAGCGGACCACCAUCACCGCAUACUUCCAGAAGGCCGGCUCGUCCACGACGACGAGCACGGCCACUGUUCCGCCUUGUCCUCUUCCUCCUCCACCGCCGCCAUCCGACCCCAAAAAGCCAUUCACCUCUUUCUUCGCCGAUCCAGAUACCCGCAAAGCAGCCUUCUCGGCCUACCGCACGGGCGCUCGCACGCCGUACGCCUUUGGCCACCGCAUCCCGGACCUGCAGCCACGAGACUUCGAGCUGCCGCCGGACAUGUUGACGCCCGAGGCCAUCGACUCCUGCCGCCGGAAGAAACGGCGAAUGAGACGGGCGAGCCGGGGCUCGAAUGAAUUGUAA